AUGGCUCCUCCCAAUUGGAGUCGUACCGGAUGCAUCACCUGCAAGCGUAGGCGCAAGAAAUGUGAUCGGGCACAGCCGGCUUGCAACAGCUGUGAGAAGCGUGGUAUCCAAUGCGAAGGUUACCAGCAGGUCUUCAUUACUCAAUCCCCGUGGGGUUACCGCAGGAUUACAGAACCUCGUUCCAAGGCAAAAGGAAGACCCAGCGCAACUACAUCCAAUCCUACCCCGAGGGAGACUGGAUCACCACCGAUACGUCCCUCUUCCUCCGGCAAGGACGUUCACCAGCAAGAAAUUGCCUGGGUACAUCUCGUUGCUGAUCCGCCGACAUUAGAGAAAGACCAGAACCGCCCUAAACAUGGCCCAUAUCAGCUUACCAUAGCAGAAGCAGAGGCACAGCAAACUAAAUCAAGUUCUUCGAAUGCACUUAUAGCAGAAGAAAGCCCAACGGACAAGAACUACAGCAAGAAUGAUGCUAUAUGUGAUGUACCUACACCUGAGGAACAGGAUGAAUGUACUCCCCCGCAAGAGGAGUCACUACACCUCCCUUCCCUGGAAGAAGACUCAACAGGGCACCUGGACUCAUUGUUCUCGUGUCUGGAAGGCUCAUCCUCAGCAGAUGUGGAACUGAUCAACGAUAUCAUUGACGCGACGCUUUUGCUACCAACGCUAAGCGCCUUUCCCAACGUCACAGAUCAAGACUUCUACUAUCUACAGUAUCUCGAUGAGCAAGCAGCUACGCAAUUACUAAAUGUAGACUCCGGAGUCUUUAACCCACUUAGGCGACUCAUUCUACCUAGAGCUUUGGAUUGUCUAGGUGUGCUUUACGGUGUUUGCGCUGUUGCUGCCUGUCACCAGGCUCAAAGGUCCGACCCGGAGACUCGCAUCGAUCAGAACAUUGUAGCCACCAAAUUCUAUGUCAAGUCUGUCAACUGGCUUCAGUCCACCGUUGGUAGACAGGCAGUCCAGGCCGAUUCUCAAUGCUCGUCAUGGGAUGAUGCCUCCGUCAUUACGUCGUUGUUGCUUUGCAAGUACGAGAUCAUCAAAGGAAGUUCGGCACACUGGAGAGACCAUCUUGAUGGUCUCGAGUUGUUGAUACAGAAAAAAGGCGGCAUUCAUAAUUUCGAAGUCGAGUGUGCUCAAUAUGUUGCGAGUUUUUUGCGAUACCAUCGCAUGAUUGCAGACAUCUGUCACCUCGACAAGGCUACAAAUGGCCAAGAGAGCAAUGGCUUAGAUGUUAUGGCGACUUCUACCUUCUCCCUUGACGUAUACUCAGGAUGCGCACACCACCUUCUAAAGACCUGCCAUGAUAUUGCUCGACUUGCCAGUCGGCUAGAGUCUCAAGAAGCCGUCACCUAUACAGAUUUUGCAGAAGCAGAGGCGCGGAUUAUUUCUUCGUUGGGCACUUCAAUUAUCGAACCAGAGGUACAGUGUUUGUCAGACGGCACCACCGUAUCGCAAAUCAGUAGAUUGCUUUAUGUCGCGCAACGUACCCGAUACGCCGCCUUUGUCUUCCUGCACUCAGUCGUCGAACGAGGAAUUGACUUAUGCAAGUUCGGAGACGCUGAGAAGGAUGCUCUACGAGUCCGGAUACCAUAUACCAAGUCACAGGCUUUGGACGGAUGCCUUGAGAUGCUUGCUGAAGUCCCAAUCGCCCAGCACUGUGAGUUUGCGGGACUAGCACUUGCAUUCUUUCUCGCCGGGUGCGAAGUUGAGGAUGAACAUAGAAAGUAUCUUGUGUUAGAAAAUCUUUUUCUUAUUCAGCGCAGUUUCGGACUUGGUCACAUUGCCAGUGCCAAUGAAGCGCUCAUGAUGAUUUGGCAGCGAGACAGGGGGGCAGAGCCGCAAGUUUGGUGGAAUACGAUGAGGGACACGGGCUGGGAACUCAUUUUAUGUUAA